AUGCUCAGCUACGUGCUCUUCGCCGCCCUGGCGCUCCUGGCGAUUGGGCUGCGCCGUGUGCGCGCCGCCUGCGCCUCCCUCGACGCCACCCCGCCGGGCUUCGCGGACCUGGCCUUCGACGGACUGAAUGGCGAUGGCCACAUCAAGACGCCGUCAAUCUUUGACGAUCCCGCAAAGUACCUCUCCGUGGUGGUGCCCUCCUACUACGAGCAGGCGCGCCUGCCCAACACGCUCAAGGAGACGAUGCACUACCUGCAGAGGCGCCGGGACCGCGUUGGGCCCCACUUCACCUACGAGGUGCUUGUCGUCGACGAUGGAUCCAAGGACGGCACUUCGGCGGUGGCGACCAAGGCGGCAGCCGAGCACGGCGGGGACGCGGUUCGCCUGCUGAGGAUGCCGCGCAACUGCGGGAAGGGCUACGCGGUGAAGCUGGGGAUGAUGCGGGCGCGCGGGGCGCUGUGCCUGAUGAUCGACGCCGACGGGGCGACGCUCGUGUCGGACGUGGAGAGGCUCGAGGCGGAGCUGCGGAAGAUCACGCGGCCGCCACAAGGCGGGAGGAGUGGGAAAGAUUUGAGGAAGGGUGUGCUGGAUCCCAAGGAUUGGGAUUAUUCGCUGGCGAUCGGCGGGCAGGUUGGGGCGGCGUUCGGGUCGCGCGCCCACCUGGCGCAGGCGGCGCGGACCAAGAGGAGCUGGUACAGGAACCUGCUGACGGCGGGGUUUCACGUGCUGGUGGGCCUGGUGGCGGGCAACGAGGUGAGGGACACGCAGUGCGGGUUCAAGCUGUUCACGCGGAGGGCCGCCGGGCUGCUGUUCGCCAACCAGAGGCUGCGGAGAUGGUGCUUCGACGUGGAGCUGCUGCGCCUGGCAGGGCUGAUGGCGGUGCCGGUGGUCGAGGUGCACGUGAAGUGGACGGAGAUGCCCGGAUCCAAGAUCAAAUUUUGGCACAUCAUUCACAUGGCGUGGGAGCUGGUGCUGGUGAAGCUGGGCUACACGGCGAUCGGGGGGUGGAGGGUAUCGGGGGAGAGCGAGUUGUACAAGAAAACGGACUGA